GAGAUGGAGUACUGUGACCCCGAGGAGCCGCUGGGCGACGACGACUUUGACGAUUACGCCAAGGAGCUGUCGCAGUACCGGCGCAGCAAGGAGCGGGGCCGGGGGCUGAGCCGAGGCCGGGGCCGGGGCCGGGGCCGGGGGAACAAAGGUUUGGGUCGGGGCCGGGGCCGAGGCCGGAGCUCGAUGGGGAAAUCCGGGAUCAACGACGACGACGAUUUCUACGACGAGGACAUGGGGGACGGGGGCGGGUACCGGCGGGGCGAGCACGACAAAUCUCACCUGGGCUCGGACAAGAAGGGCAAAGUGAUCUGCAAGUACUUCGUGGAGGGCAGGUGCACCUGGGGCGACCACUGCAACUUCAGCCACGACAUCGAGCUGCCCAAGAAACGGGAACUGUGCAAGUUCUACAUCACGGGGUACUGCGCCCGCGCCGAGAGCUGUCCCUACAUGCACGGGGAUUUCCCGUGCAAGCUGUUCCACACCACCGGGCUCUGCAUCAACGGCGACGAUUGCAUGUUCUCGCACGCGCCGCUGACCGAGGAGACCAGAGAGCUGCUGGACAAGAUGCUGCAGGAGGACGCCGAGGCGGGCGCUGAGGACCAGAAGGAGGUGGAGGAGCUGAAGAAGCAGGGGAUCAACCCCCUGCCCAAACCCCCCCCGGGCGUGGGGCUCCUCCCCACCCCCCCCCGCCCCCCCGGGCCCUGCCCCUCCCCCCCCCCGGGCCGGGCCCUGCCCCUCCCCCCGCCGGGGCCUCCCCCUCCCGCCCCUCCCCCCAUGGAGGGGCCCCCCCUGGAGCCCCCCCCGGAUCCUUUCAAGAAGAUCCCGUCGCUCUUCGAGAUCGUGGUCAGGCCCACGGGGCAGCUGGCCGAGAAACUGGGGCACAGGCACCCCGGCGCCCCUCCCCCCCCUCGCUUCCCCGUCCCUGCCGGGGGUGGGGGAGGGCCAGACGAUUUCCUCCCCUACGACUCCUCGGAGCCGCCCGGGGGGGAUCCGCUGUACCCGGAGGAGCCCGAGGGACCCUCGGGGAUUCCGGGGAUUCCCCCGGGGAUUCCCCCCGGGAUUCCCCCCGGGAUUCCCCCCGGGAUUCCCCCCGGGAUUCCCCCGGGAAUUCCCGAGUUUCUGCCCUCGGGGGCUCAGCGGCUCCUGCUGCGCAUCCGGCACCGCCAGAGGGCGCCCGAGGGGGGCCGGAGGGGAGCGGGGGGAGAGACCCGCGGCGACAGAGAGCAUGAGGAGGGAGACCCCCCCAGCUGGUACUCCAGCGACGAAGACGACGGCGCCGGCAGCGUCACCUCCAUCCUCAAAUCCCUGCGCCAGCAAAGCUCCACCCGCCCCCAAAACCCCCCUGGGGACCCCCCUGGAGACCCCAGACCCCCCAGAGCCCCCAGACCCAGCGACCCCAGACUCAGGGACCCCAGACUGGCCCGAAACCCCGACCCCACCCCCGGCGACCCCGGCCCCUCGGACCCGCGCCUGGCCCGGCACUGCCCCCGCCCCGAACCCCCCAAACCGCCCCAAAUCAGCGCUGAGGAUGAGGAUGGAGAGCGAAUCCUGCGGGAAAAACCUCUGAGCAUCCCCCUGGAGCCUCUCCCCGGCCAUUCCCAACGGGAUCCUCGCUGGGAGCUCCAACAAUUCUCCCACAUCCGCAAGGAUCUGGUGCUGGCGCGGCCCAAUUUCGCUCGCUCCGUGCUGUGGAGCCCCGAGGAUUUGAUCCCCCUGCCCAUCCCCAAGCAGGAUUUUCCUCUCAGGCCUCCCUCAGACCCGAGGCAACAACGUCCAGCAGGGCCUGACCCUUCUUCCUCCUCCCCAUCCUCAUCCUCAUCGUCCUCAUCGACGUCGGCGCUGCCGGAUUUCGAGCUGCUGUCGCGGAUUCUCAAAACUGUGACGGCUUCAUCAUCAUCGUCAUCAUCGUCAGGAGGGGACAAACCGAGCGAUCCCCGAGUCAGGAAAGAUCCCAGGCUGCAAAAAUCUUUGGACAACGCCCGAGGGAGCGAGGGGGAGGCGGCGGCAGCUCCGGCCAUCGCCCCCUACGACCCCAGGCUGAGCUGGGGCAGCUCCGGGCAGAGCAGCGUGCUCAGCGCCAUCAGCCUCUACGACCCCAGGACUCCUCCCAAAGAACCCCAAAGCGAGGGGAACCCACCCCAAAAACCCAGCUUGGAUUCGGGGAAAAACCCCAAAGCCAAAGAGCCGCCCUUCGUGCGGCGCUCGGCGCUGGAGCAGGCGGAAAAUCCGGAGAGGGCGGAGGGGACGGACAGGUACAACAGCUACAACAGGCCCAGGGGGAAAAUGAGCUGUGCAGGGGAGGGGGGAGGGGCUCAGCACGGCCUCCCCCCCGCCCCCACCGUGUUUGGGGUGGGCAAAGUCGGGGGGAGCCCCCGGGAGGAGCCCCCCGAGGAUGGGGAUAAAUCGCUCAAGGAUGUGUUCAAAGGGUUCGACCCCACGGCGUCGCCCUUCUGCCAGUGAGGGGGGACAGGGUGGGGGUGGAUUCGCUCAAAACCCAGCCAGGUGUGUUCAGAAUCCAGCCAGGUCUGCUCAAAAUGGGGUCAGGUGGGGAUAAAUCCACUCAUAUUUGCUCAAAAUCCACUCAAAAUCUGGUCAGGUUUGCUCAAAUCACCCCAGAUUUACCCAAGAUCUGGUCAGGUUUGCUCAAAAUCCACUCAGAUCCACCCAGAAUCCAGCCAGGAUUAAAUCCAGUGGUUAAAUCCACUCAAACUUGCCCAAAAUCCACCCAAAAUCUGGUCAGGUUUACUCAAAUUCACUCAAAUCCACCCAGAAUCCAGCCAGGUCUGCUCAAAAUCCAGCCAGGUGUGCUCAAAACUGGGUCAGGUGGGGAUAAAUCCACUCAAAUUUGCUCAAAAUGGAUUCAAAAUGGGAUCAGGUGGGGAUAAAUCCACCCAAAAUCCAACCAAGUGUGGUGGAAAUGGGGUCUGGUGGGGAUAAAUCCAUUCAAAUUUGGUCAAAAUCCACUCAAAAUCCAGUCGGGUGUGCUCUAAAUGGGGUCUGGUGGAGUUAAAUCCACUCAAAUCCACCCAAAAUCCAGCCAGCUCUGCUCAAAAUCUGGUCAGGUGGGGAUAAAUCCACUCAAAUUUGCUCAAAAUCCAUUCAAAAUCUGGUCAGGUCUGUUCAAAUUUACCCAGAUCCAUUCAAAAUCCAGCCAGGUGCGGUGGAAAUGGGGUCAGGUGGGGAUAAAUCCAUUUAAAUUUGGUGAAAAUCCACCCAAAAUUUGGUCAUGUCUGCUAAAAUCUACCCAGAUUUACCUAAAAUCCACCUAAAAUCUGGUCAGGUUUGCUCAAAUCCACCCAAAAUUCAGCCAGGUGUGCUGAAAUCUGCUCGAAUUUAUCCAAAAUCCACCCAAAAUCCAUCCAGGUUUGCUCAAAUGCAUCCAAAAUUCACCCAAAGUUUGGUCAGGUGUGCCUAAAUCUACUCAAAUCCACCCAAAAUCCAGUCAGGGCUGCCUAAAAUUUAAUUAAAUCCACUCAAAAUUUGGUCAGGGCUGUUCAAAUUUACCCAGAUUUAUCCAAAAUCCACCCGAAAUUUGGUCAGGUGUCCCCAAAUUCAC